ACAAUCUUGUAAAAUUUAUGGAAUGUGAGUUGUUUCAGUGUGAUUGAUUUUCAAUGAACUCAUUUCGAAAAAGUGGAGUUUUAGUGUGAAAAAAUCGGAAUAUUUUGAAGUUAAGAACAGAAUAUUCAGCAUUGACAUUCGCUACAAUCACGCUGUGCAUUGUGUAUUGACCGUGACCUUGUUUCAGGUCAUGAAAACAUGUUGCCCGGAUGUUAGGCACAAAAUGGUAUGACAUCAAAGUUUGCAGGUUAAAAGACAAGAAUAGCACAGAAAUUUGUACAGAAUGAAAACACCUUAAGGUAUCAAGAAAGAUACAGAAUUAUUUCCCUGUUAUGGAUUUAUCCAGUGACCAGUCACCUCUGAGUGACUUGUCUCCAUGUGCUGAUCUGAAUGGUCUAAGAGAAGAACAAUCACCCUCGGAUGCUGAUCUGACGUGUCCAUCCUAUAUAAACCAGCAGCCUUUAUCAUGUACUUCUCAAGUAUCAGCUUUGACAAUCAACUCGGUAAAGUCCCCACCUACAGCCCUGUCAUCAACAAAUACAACUAUAUCUGCAAUGUUCACUGGUAAAAAUGGGGCCAAAUCACCACAUUGUAAAGUGUGUGGAGACGAAUCCUCUGGAUUCCACUAUGGAGUGGAUUCAUGUGAAGGAUGCAAGGGAUUCUUUAGACGAUGUAUAACCCAAGGAAUGACACACAAAUGCUCAAAUGAGGAAAAGUGUGAAAUUACACCAUUUACACGCAAUAGCUGUCAGUACUGUCGACUCAAAAAAUGUUUUGCUGUUGGCAUGUCAAGGGAAGCUUCAAGACUUGGUAGAAGGCCAAAGAGAAUGAAAGAUCCAGGAAGUCGUGACUCGAAGCCAACUACAAAUUUACCGAUUGCUCCAUAUCCCUCCUCUCAAGACUUAAAUAAGCUACGCAUGGCUGAACUGCAGGGAAUUUUACAACAGAGUGGCUCACUUAAGCCAGAGAUGAUGGAAGCUUUCUUGAGUGCGGCACAAGUAAGCUUCAGAGAGCAUCAGAGAAAUCACAAUAACCAAAACAAUACAAGUAAUGGUACAAUUAAGGUACCAGGACAAAGACAAGGAAACGAUUCUGGUUAUUCCAGUUUGAGUAGUCCGUCAAGUAAUAAAAGUUCAUCACCUCCUCAGGAUAAUCAACACCAAUUAAUUGAUGGUGAAAAUAUCAUGGAAGAUAGUAAAACGUCGUUGAAUAUAGACCCACUUAUAAUGGGCAUGCGCAUUCCUCAUUCUGCUAGUUAUUCUCCCGUGGAAAUAAAGGCAGAGCCAACAGAUGAAAUACGGUCAUGUUCUAAAUCAGGAUCCCAUAACCCGGUCAUGGACUUUUGCCCUCAAGAUUUAGAUGUUGAUGUUUUUAAUCAAAAUAGUUUGCCUGAUAUACAGGAAUCAAGAUUUGAAAAUGAUUAUGAUGACCGAUUUAGUCCAGAACAGCAUAUUAUCAGUGAGCAUCCGAUUAUGUAUACAGAACAAAGAGAUGAAGGAAUGGCCAUUCCUACGCAUGUAGAGGAAAUGUAUGAUGACAAUACAUUCUCAAUAGAUAUAGACAAAAUCAUGGCAGAGGUGGUCAAGAGGCCAUCCGAUAUUCGAAAAAACCUACUCGAUCAAGUUACAGAGGAAGUGGUCAAUGCACACUUUAAAACAUGUAAACCAACAUACCAAAAUGUACGAGAGGCCAACAUGAGACUAGAAAAGUUGAAGGCUCAGAACAUGCUGCCUGACUUCAGUAAAAUGAAGAUUGACCCAUCAAAGAUGUGGGAACAGUUUGUACAGAACAUGGUACCAGAAAUAACUAUGGUUGUCAAGUUUUGUAAGAAGAUACCAGGUUUCAAUGAAAUUUGUCAGGAGGACCAGAUAAAUUUGAUAAAACAAGGAUCUUUUGAGGUGAUGCUGGUCAGAAUGUGUAACUUAGUAGAUACGGAGAAAGAGGAGAUGUUUGAUCCAGAUAUGAAAAUGAAAUGUCCUAAGGCAGUUGUUCUUGGAAUGCCAAUGGGAACAUUUCUGGUGGAGUUCUUUAAAGUAGCCAAAGCCUUCAAUCCUUUACAGUUAACAGAUGGUGAAAUUGGGAUCUUCACAGCUACACUUAUUAUUUGUCCAGAUCGAAAAAGUAUUAUAAACUCGGUAGCUAUAAUGAAGUUACAGUUGUUGUUAAUGCAGGCUUUGUAUGUACUGAUCAAGAAAAAUCAUAGUGACUAUGACAGUUUAUUUAUAGAGCUGAUGAAAAGGAUCCCAAUAUUCAGAGGAAUCAAUGCAAAACAUGCUAAGAUGUUGAACAAUAUGAAAAUGAACUCUCCUGAAACAAUAAGCUUGUUUCCAGAGUUACACAAAGAAGUAUUUCAGGAAAGCGAAUUGGCUUAAUGCAGUGAAUAUUUUAUAUUUAUUAGAAACUAGUGCUAUAAUUUUGUCUACGCAUUUACAAAGUGCGUAGAACUUUGUUACUAUAUUAAAACAAUUUAGAAUCUAUAUGAAAUGUUGGGUGGAUAUUCCACAUCAGUAUAUUGUGAAUACCGGAAGUUUUCAAGGAGGAAUGUAAUAAGUGCAUUAUUAUAGUGCUAAUAUUUGACACAAAAAUUGUACUUAGCACACUUUUGAAAGGUGAGCUUAUUGGAUUUACAUUGUCCGUGUGUCUGUUAUGUGUUAACUUUAUGAACAAGGAUGACAUUUGGUGUACAAUACAAUGUAACUUUGUUAACCAAACUUUUGUAAAGUAAAAAAAAAAAGAUAAUCACUGUCACCUACAUUUAUAUAACAUUGUAAAUAGGUCAUUGUCACUUAUGUUUGUUUACCAGCUACAAAAUUACAGAAAGAUGGGUUGAUGUGACCCAUGAUUUACAGUUUAAGGCAGUUUUAUAGAUAAAUGACUGACAUUGUAGAAAUAUUUUGCAGUGAUAUCAUAUAUAUCUCUGUAUAUACAACUGAUAAAUAAUAGAAAAGUUACAACUGGUGAAUGGUGUCCUAUGAUCAAAUUGUAUCUGUAACUAAAUAGUUAUAGACUGUGUGUCUUGGACAGCUUGGACAGCGGCUGUGUUGUUUAAUUGUCAGUCUCUGAACUACAACCAGGUUAACAUUUGAAUAUGACCCAAACAAAACAGUUGUUGUCCUGAAAUCAUAUGAUUGUUACUACUGCUGGUCAGUCUGAUGUUAAAGGUUGUAUGUAUAUCAGGGCACCUGUUGCCAAAGCUUAGUAAUUUCUGGAUUACAAAGUAUUUAAUUAACAAUCUUAUUUAAAUAUAUCAUAUCAUUUAUCAAUGUUUAUUAACCUUAUAAAUCAACAAAAUACAUUAUCAGAUUACCUUACUAAUAAGGUGUACAGUACUUGCAGUAAUAUUAUUUUUAUAGAAUUUUUUAAAUUAUUGAAAUUCAUUGAAUCCCCUCAAAGCAAACCUGAAGUGGCGCAUUGGGAUAUCUUGUCAUCUAUUGUAGUGGUCAUCAGUGUCACUUUGUUUUUGUUUAUCGGCAACUCCGUGAAAACAGAUUUUUCAGAAUUCAACUAAACUUGCUCUGAAUCUUGUAUGGAACAUGAAGAUAUACAGCUGCAAUUUAAAUUUUUGGUCUGAAUGAUUUUUAGAGGUUCCCAUACCACAACAUGGACUUCGCCAUUUCUGCUGACGUUAUUUUAAGCGGCAGGAGACACGUUUUCCUUGGAAGACUCUCACAUUAUUAUAACCAGCAUAUCUAUGUAAAGAACGUUAUUUCCUUAGCAGACAUAACAAAGUAUUACUACUGUUUAUAUGCUGUUUUAAACUUUCUCUCAGCAGUGUAUACCUACUUGAUCACCUCAGUGCCUAAAUCAUGUUUAUGAUAAUAUUUCCAAUGUAAUGAUUUCGAUGUGGAUUGUAAAAUGGUUAUUUAUUUGUAAACAAUAUCAUUUUUUACAGUUUGAUCUAAAUAAAUAGUCAAGUCAAGUAAUUUUGUUUUGUCCGGUAAGUCUGUGCAAUUCAUUGAUAUUAUGGUACAAGUACAGACAUAUGGGAAGAACGGAUUUACUUGCCAGCAUUGUAGUGAUUGCCAAAUGCUUUCCAUCACUUGGUUUAAUAAGUUUAAAGACAUGCGGUCAGUUUUAUGGACAAAUUAGCAUUUUGUUUCAUUGAAUUUCAGAUGAAUUUCUCUCCAACAUUUUGCAUUUUGUCAUGAACAAAUUUCAGUAUCAGCCUGUUUUUACAUUUUGGUGUUUUUUUGAUAAAAUUUACAGUUCUUUAUAUUUUUAUGGCAGAAUUUGACUAAAAUUUAGAAUAACCGUCACACUAUUCUAUGAAGUGGUGUUGGAAAAAAUUUGUUUAUUUACAAUCCAAUGUAUUUAUGUUCCCAUGUUAUGACCAUGUCUUGAAAAUUAUAUUACUAUGGCAUGAUUUGUUUCAGUUAUAGCAUUUUUCGUGUUAAAACAACAAUUUAACAAUUCACAUACGAAUGAACGAACUGUUGUGUGUUACAUUCAUCAUAUGUUAAAAAAUGUUUUACCUACAAUGAUAUACAGAUUUAUAUAAAAAUAUAAUUGUUAUAUAUUAAUGUUGCUGUGUAUUAAUAAUGAAAUCAGUGUGUUGAAUAACAAGCAUAUUUGUUUUGAAAGUUUGAUUGUUAGUGCAAUGUUUGUUUUUCUUGCAUGAAUGCUGUAAUUGUAUACAGGUGAAAAAAAAGUAAAAACAUUAUGGCGAGAAAAGUGUUGGAAAAAACUGUUUUUUAACUUUGUUUUAGUGCUUGUUAUAUGUGUGAAUGUGUUCCAGUAUCAGUAGGUAACAACUCAGUAUGGUGUGAGUCCUUCAUGAGGGUCUGGAUGGGGAAUCCUUCACUUCUGUAUUCUUUAAUCGUUUUGACAUUUUUCUUUAUUUUUAAAAAUAACUCUUCUCUGUAAAAUUCUCAUGAAAAUCAUUUUACUAUUAGAUUUUUUUUUGCUAUGAAAUGGUUUCUUGUUUCUGUAUAUGAUUCAUUUCUAUAAUCAGUAUUUUAUAACCGAAUACUUUUAUUUUUCACAGUUUAUUCUUUAUUUUUUUGCACCCCAUUAUUCUCUAUUCUUUAUUUUUUUUGUUUUCUUUUUUUGUCUAUUCAUUAAUAUUUUUGGCCAUUAUUCUCUAUUAUGUAAACCCCAUCUAGACCCUCCUUUGUUAUUUAGGGAUCUAUACAUCACCAUAGUUACACAAAUAAUUUGCUUGUUUAUUUACUAAAGACAUAUAUUUUCUUUUUUCCCUUCUUUUUUAUUGGAAGGGGAUACUAUGUAACAGAGAUUUUAAAAAUUGAGUCUGAUAUACUUGCAUGGAUUUCAUUUGCUUUACUUUUGCUCUUUUUCAACUUAUUUAUUGUACAAGAAUAGAGGCAUGGUUUUCUUUUAAACUAAACUAUUUCUGUGAUAUUUAAAUGUUUUUUAAGAAAAUAUUAGAUAAAUUAAAUGUUAUGAGUACAUACAAAAUAUAUAAUUGUUGGAGUGUAAAAUAGAAUUAAAGUAUAUGAUUUGGUUGUAAAUAGCAGUUACAUGUCAGCUAGAAAUGGAUUGUGGGUAGAAGAAAAUGUGAAAGGCCAUUUUUUGUUGGCAGCUAGGAUCCAGGUUUGGUCAAACAGAUAUUUUUUUUACUGGACAUCAUGUAAAUAUUGAAUUUAUUGAAAUCAUAAGAAUUAAGUUUUAACUAUCUAGAUAAUGUUUUUAAUUCUGUAAAUGAAGUAUAAGGCAGAGAAAAAGACCUAAUAAGAAGUUUUUAACAAUUUGAAUUUGAUUUAUUUACAAGAAGUUCAUAAUUUAAGAAGUUGUAACAACCAAAAGAAGGUGGGAUUUUUUAAUUGUUAGCAAUGACCCAUAUUUUUUUAUGGUUUAUAAAAGACAAAUGAAGUUAUGUAUAAAAUCAUAGGAUUUAUAGGAAAACCCCAAACAUACCAUUUUUUAUUUCGGCCUUAAAUUUUGAGAAUCUGAAAUAAAAACAUUAAAAACAAUCUAUUUAUUUGUUUACGUUGUAUUACAUGAUUAUGAUUACAGAAUAAAAAACAUCCCCGACUAACUUCACUGUCUUAAUCCCACAAUCCAUGAAUGAAGUCUUGUAUACCACACAUAACUAUCUGAUAUUAGAUUUUGAAGAAAAGACCAGUCAAUGAAUUUAUUUAGUUGAAAAUGCAAGUAAAUUUCUAAAUUGUUUGAAUAUGAUAUAACAUAAGAAUUCAGAGAUGUUUUAAAAAUAAGUUCUGCUUGAUGUGGUGCAGCUUUAAUGAGGACUAUUUUCCUUAUUGAAAAUCAAAUAUUGCUUUCAAGAUUAAGCUUUAUUCAAGUUAAUCAGGUUACACCCCUCUCAGGAGAUUUCCAAUAGCGAUUGAUGAAACAUAUUUUCAUACAUACAUACAUAUAUAUAUAUUCAUCUUUUACAUUUAUUACUUGCAUUCUUAUCACUGACUAUAAUGAAUUUCUAAUUUAGAUUAAUAUUAUGAAUGGAAAAAAUUUAAUUGUAUGUUCUAAAAGUAGGUCACCUAUUUUUAAUACUACUAAUCAUUUAUUUAUAAUUUCAAAAAUAAUGGUUUUUUUUAUGAUUGUAAAGCCUUUUAAUUGUCAGCUAUAUAAUAGACCCGAAAUUAUUGAAAAUCAAAUUCUACAGUGUUUAUUAAAACAAAAUGGAAUUAGGGUUUUAUGAACAGUCUAAAAAAACUUCAAGUUGAUUAAAAAAGUACAGUUUUUCAACUUUUUUUUUAAUAAAAUAUUUUGUUUGAGCAUGUUAAUUUUUUUCAUUUAAAAUGACUGAUGUAGAAAUUCUAUUUUAAGGUGUAAGUUAAAAUGCAACAAAUUUCAAGAUUAGAAAAAAUGUAAGAACUUCUAUUUCUUAUAUGAAUUUUUAUGUAACAAUAGGAUACCAAAGCCCGGUGUGAUCAGAAAGUUCCUUUAUUUUAUUAUUCAUAUGUGAUAAAAGAAUUUUAUUGUUUUUUUUUUUAUUGUCUGAAGUAGAAAGAGUAAUACAUCAUAAAUCAUGUAUUGUAGUGUUAACUAAUUUGUUUCCAUUAGGUGUUCUAAUUCUCCCCUAAACAUGAUCUCAUCUAGUAACAAGUUAAGAUUCAUUUUCCCAUUUGUAAAAAAAUAUGAAAAAUAUUCAUAACACCUUUAACAUACUUAGAAAUUAGAGUACAUGGAGAAAAGGGUUAUACACAUCUAUUGAAUAAAACUAGUAGUAAUUUGGGUAUAUAGAUAUAAGAAGAUGUGGUAUGAGUGCCAAUGAGACAACUCUCCAUCCAAGUCAAAAUUUGUAAAAGUAAAUGCUUACUAAAAAUUUGAUCUUUACUAGACUAUAUGUAAGAACAUUGUUGACAAAAUAUAUAUUUAAUUUCUGUAUAAAAAUAAGAAUAUGAUGUAUGAUUGCCAAUGUGUUGUUUAUACAGUGAUAGACAAUUGAGCUUUGACAAUUUUUUUCUUGUCUAUUUCUUCAUUUGCCAAAAUAAAAUUGUAUAUUUGUAAACAAUAUGCACUGUAUUCUCUAAUAAGGAUUUAUAUAUUAUUGAAUAUAAUGAGUGUCUCACAUUAAAUUGCAGUCAAAAUAAUGAAAGGGAAACAACGUCAUAAGUUAUCAAGCUAUUUAGGGGUUUGAAUAUAUUGUUUGAUUUCCAUUUGUGCAAUUACUUGUUAUUAUAUGCUGAUGUGAACUUAGAAAUAAGCUAUUUAAUUUUACUUGAAUAUUCAUAGGAAACAGUCCAUUAAAAUGAAUUUAGAAGGGUAGGAAUGGAAAUUCUAUUUUUUAGUUUUUAGAAAUGAGGCGUGAGUCCGAUGUGGUUGUUUGUCCAUUUGAUGUAUGCAAGAUUACACAAAGAAAGCAUUUUGUUGAGGGGGUUUUUGGAAGUCCCUUCCUACCCUCCUCCAUUUAUUUUAAUGGAAUAGCCCUCAGAAAAAGAGAUAGCCAACAAUGUGUGCCUCUUCAAUAUAUAUAAUGGUUAUCAUUGUAGAUAAAUUGUCUCCUAUCAUGUUAAAUGUGUAUUGAAAUCAUUAUUUUUUUUUUGUAGAGUAAUUUAAGUACUAACACAUUCACUUAUUGAACAGUGCUCUUUUAAAGUUCAGGCUUUUUAAGUUAAUGUAAGACCUCAAUGAUUGGCUAUUUACCAUUUGUUCUGAAGAGAGAAAAAUGAAUACACAUUAUUAUGUAUCUUUUCUCAAUACAUAUUUGCAAAGUUAAAACAGAUAUGAAUGUUCUUUAAAUGAAUAUAGAUCUCUAAAAAUCCUAAGGUAAAGAUAUAAUUUGACAGAAGGAAAGAAAAUAUUAAAUAUAGAUAAACUGGUGUUGGAGUAUACACCAAUGAGAUAACCCAAGACUUCUAGAUAUCAACAUACAAUCUGCAACUAAAAAAUGUUUUUUUAACCAAAUGGGGAAAAAUUUUGUGGGUGUUCAAAAUAGGAUGAUAAAGAUUCAGAAUAUAUAAGAAUAGAAAUAUAUAUAUAUAUAUGUAACCUGUAAUGAAAUGUUGAAGUGGUAUAGCUAAUUUCCCCUGUAUUUAUUUCAAUCAUGGUAUCAAAAUCAGAAAGUUCAUGUUACCUAGAGUAACCCGAUUAUUAGUGUCAAUAACAUACGUUGAAAGAUUUCCAGAUUUUGCCAAUAAUCAUAAAAAUGUUAUUGAGCAAUUCACAAUUUGGAUGCAAUUUUGAACUGCGCAUAAAAAACCCACAUGAUAUGACUUCACAAGACACAUGUUUCUGGAUUUACUUUUAUGAGGUAAAUUGUUUGGUAAACUUUUAAAAGUUUUAAUAUCUGAAAGACAAUACAUAGCUUUCCAUCUGUUUGGAUUUUUGUUUUGGUCAAAGAGUUAUAACUUUACUUUUUUUUAUAUAAGUUCUUAAAAUAACCUUUUUUUGAGUCAUUAAGGCAGUAAUAAUUUGGUAAUGUUCAGAAAUUUGAAAAAUACAUAAUAUUGCUCAAACUUUGGAAGUAAACACAUGAAGCUGUGAUACUGUGAAUUUUAAUAUAGAUGGAAAGAAAUUUUGGCAGACCCUGGUGUUUAAUAAAUAAGGAGUUAUUGGCCACACCUCUUGAUUCAAAGGAUUAUGAUAGUCAAACAAAAGAUAAAUAUUUAUACACAUAAACUACUGUAUAUAUAUAUUUUUUCUCUAUUCACAUCUGAUAUAAUCAACUUGAAUGUAUGCUUUUUUUUUAACAAAAAGCUAUCCACAAUUGUGUUACUCAAGUUUUAGUUUAUCCUUAAGUUUUAGAUUUAAUUUGUGCCAUACAAGCCAAAUUCAUUUUGUGCUUCAAUUGAUUGCUCAUUUGUAUAUAUCACAUAAUAUAUAUAUAUAUACAUAUAUAUAGAAAUACAUUUUGACUUCAAAUGGUCAAGAUAAGUGAAUGUCCUUGACAGCUGUAUCAGAGGUUAUUGUGUACAGGUCAAGGUCAUUAUGGAAUGUAUUUAUUUGACCUUGUAUAGAGUAAACAUGUAUUACCAUCAUACUAUACACAAUUGUUAAAUGUAAUUUGUGAGAAAAAUAAAAUCUUUUUGUUUUGGA